GAGGUGGCUGCUGCUGCUGGGCAGAGAGGAGUCGUGCAGGAGCAGCGGCUGCACUCGGACGCCACAUUCCCUCUUUAUGGGGCUGGUGGUGAGGAUGAGCGAGAGCUGACCCUGCCGCGCCGCCGCCUGUGCUGUGAAGUGUCUGCUCCUCCUCCUCCUUCUCUUCCUCCUCCUCCCCGGCCGUGGGUGAACCUGCGCUACGGGCUCUUCACCGACACGGGGGAGGUUGGUUUGUUUGUGCAUUUGUUAAAGGCAAAGAGAGAGAAAGAGAGAUCUUCCACCCGCUGAAGCACAGUUCACUAUGAUCGUACUCGCAUCCAGCACUGGAAGCCGGUUGGAUUUCGUGUCUCAGUCCAGGGUGUUUUUCUUGCAAACCUUCAUUUGGAUUUUAUGUGCUACAGUGUGCAAAGCGGAGCAGUAUUUCAAUGUGGAGGUAUGGUUACAAAAGUAUGGCUACCUUCCACCAACUGACCCCCGAAUGUCGGUGUUGCGCUCUGCAGAAACCAUGCAAUCAGCUAUAGCUGCCAUGCAGCAGUUCUAUGGCAUUAAUAUGACAGGAAAAGUGGACAGGAACACAAUUGACUGGAUGAAGAAACCUCGAUGUGGUGUGCCUGACCAAACAAGAGGCAGCUCCAAAUUUAACAUUCGUCGGAAACGCUAUGCGUUAACAGGACAGAAAUGGCAACACAAACAUAUCACUUACAGCAUAAAGAACGUCACUCCAAAAGUAGGUGAUGCUGAAACUCGUAAAGCCAUUCGCCGUGCCUUUGAUGUGUGGCAGAAUGUAACUCCUCUGACAUUUGAAGAAGUUCCUUAUAUUGAAUUAGAAAAUGGCAAGAGAGACGUGGAUAUUACUAUCAUUUUUGCAUCAGGUUUUCAUGGAGACAGUUCUCCCUUUGAUGGGGAGGGAGGAUUUUUAGCUCAUGCAUAUUUUCCUGGCCCAGGAAUUGGGGGAGACACUCAUUUUGACUCAGAUGAGCCAUGGACUUUGGGAAAUCCCAAUCAUGAUGGAAACGAUCUCUUCCUAGUUGCAGUACAUGAACUCGGUCAUGCUCUGGGCUUGGAGCACUCCAAUGACCCCACUGCAAUCAUGGCUCCAUUUUACCAAUAUAUGGAAACCGACAACUUCAAACUACCUAAUGACGAUUUACAGGGCAUCCAGAAGAUAUACGGUCCACCUGACAGGAUACCACCACCCACCAGACCUCUGCCAACAGUGCCCCCACAUCGUUCAGUCCCUCCAGCAGACCCUCGAAAGAAUGACAGGCAACCUAAACCUCCCCGGCCACCCACUGGUGACAAACCUUCCUACCCCGGAGCCAAGCCCAACAUCUGUGAUGGGAACUUCAACACUCUGGCUAUUCUUCGCCGGGAAAUGUUUGUUUUUAAGGAUCAGUGGUUUUGGCGAGUCAGAAACAACAGGGUGAUGGAUGGAUACCCCAUGCAGAUUACCUACUUCUGGAGGGGACUGCCUCCCAGCAUUGAUGCAGUUUAUGAAAACAGUGAGGGGAAUUUUGUCUUCUUUAAAGGUAACAAGUUCUGGGUUUUCAAGGACACUACUCUCCAACCAGGUUAUCCUCAUGAUUUGAUAACACUUGGAAGUGGAAUUCCUUCUCAUGGCAUUGAUUCAGCAAUUUGGUGGGAAGAUGUUGGAAAAACCUACUUCUUCAAAGGAGAUAGAUACUGGAGGUACAGUGAAGAAAUGAGAUCCAUGGACCCUGGUUAUCCCAAACCAAUCACAAUUUGGAAAGGUAUCCCAGAAUCUCCUCAGGGAGCCUUUGUCCACAAAGAAAAUGGCUUCACAUAUUUCUACAAAGGAAAAGAGUACUGGAAAUUCAAUAACCAGAUGCUCAAGGUGGAACCUGGCUAUCCCAGAUCCAUCCUCAAGGAUUUUAUGGGUUGUGAUGGACCAACAGACCGAGAUAAAGACCGACACAGCCCUCAAGAUGAUGUUGACAUUGUCAUCAAACUGGACAACACAGCCAGCACUGUGAAAGCCAUAGCCAUCGUCAUUCCCUGCAUCCUGGCCUUGUGCCUCCUUGUCUUGGUUUACACUGUGUUCCAGUUCAAAAGGAAAGGAACACCCCGCCACAUACUGUACUGCAAACGCUCUAUGCAAGAGUGGGUGUGAUGUAGGGUUUUGUUUUUUUUUUCUUUCCCUCCCAGGAGUUUGUGAUAACUUGAGAUUCAACACAAGAGCUGUUAUGCAGUUUCCUAGCUAGGAGCGGGCAUCUGUCAGUCUGAAACAGAGCUGAUCUUUGAAACCCAGGGGUUGCCUGUCCUGCGCAUGAGUGGCGAUUCGCUCAGCUGGGAAGCUUCCAUGAUACACAGUAUCUGCUGUUUCUUCAGUCCUUUGUCUUUCUUUGUCAUUCAAUUCUAGGCCUUCCCUCUGCACGAUCAAUGCCCUAUAAACUAUCAGGAUUAACUAACGAAGAGGAAUAAAAAUAUCUCCAAUGUUUCUACAUUUUCCCCUUAAGGCCUGUUCCCCUUUGAAAAAUUUUUUGCUGAAAGUAAAUUUUUUUAGAGAAACACAACAACCAACAAUGGAACUUUCAGGAAAGUGAGAAGACCCAAAACAGCUUCGUCUCCAAAGAGGAUUGCUUUCUGUCUGCUACGGAUAAAGUCCUAUACUCCUACUUCCAGUUUUGUCAGGUGGGAGACUCGGAUGACACGCAGGACUUCAGACUGUUCGGACAGCCAUUUUCCAACAAACAAGGGGCCAAAAUAUCUGCAAUAUAGUAACAGCCUUAAUACAUUCAUUUUGUGGUUUUUACAGCUGCUCUGGGCUAUGUCCUCAAUGUUUUAAACUCAUAUUCAAUACUAUAUUCAAGCAGAACCUUUUUAUUGGUUUGUUUGAUUUCUGGUUGGUUUUCCUACAUUAUCUUUCCCAAGCUGUACCAAGCCAACUACCCCAGGCCUUUUAUAGGUCUGUCAGGAGCACUCAUUCCAAAGAAUGGUAAAAAAGCAGUGUGUCUCUGAAGUGGAUAUCAAUGAACUAAAACAACAGACAUGCUAUUUUAAAACUUGACACUGGUAUUAUAUUGAUGGUGUAACCCUUUGAGAACUACUGCAUCCAGUUUUCAGAGUCUGGUGGAUGUUAGUCUUGAUCAUCAUUAAAUUAUAGAAUUGUGUUUGGGUAUUACAAGUUUCAAAAGAAAAUCAGUUUUUCGAAACAUAUUUCUUGUUAUUGUGUUUUUAAUUAUUUGCAUUAUUGAUAGAAAAUUAUUUGUAACAUGAAUAGAAAACAAAAUAUAUUUCUGGUUGAAGGAACCAAACGUGUUUUAAUAAUUUCUAUCACUUACCAAGAAUUUUUUUCUGAGCUGACAACAAUUUUAUAGCUUAGCCUCUUAUCUUAAGCAUUUUGGAUUUCUGUUUUGAGACUAUGUUGCAUGACAAUUUGAUUUGCCUCUGCAGAGGUAGAGUUACAGUUUCAAAGGAAAACUAAGAAGAUGACUCUGAUAGUGCAUGAGUAUCCUCUGGUGUGUUACCCCUUUGCAUGUUCAUCAUAGUUCUCAAAGGGUUAAAAUUUCUGGCCUUCAGUCAAACAUGGUAUCGACUGACAGAGCCAAGGGACCACCAAAACAUUUUGUCAUUCUGUGUAAUUUGUGCUAACAGCAGUAUUGUCAUUUUCAUGUGACCUGCAGAGCAGGUUUGUAUCAAUAAUUUUUUCCUAGAGAAAAGUCAGCAACUGACAGACCUCUUUAUUGAUUUUAGGAGCUGCUUCUUGCAGUGAUAGGCUUUACAGUCACUGGGCUGUGAACUUAUUAAAGAUGGUCAGAAUGAUGCACCCCAAAAGUCAGACACUUGGUUUUUUAUGAAAGCCAGGUUUUGAGGGGAGUAGCUUUUGCAACAAUGAACAGCUUGCCUUGAACUUGAUUAUUGACCUGUUGACUGUCAUUACCAAGUUAAACAUUGUCUUCUGUGAACAGCUUCACUGUCUGAAUUUCCUUAAAGUGUACUGUCCUAUGUCUUUGACCUUUAACUUGCAAACUGGCACAAACUGAAGGGAAUCUGGUGUUGCAAAUGAAAUGAGUUUUAUUUCUUGAAAGGCCUGAUAGACGUGAUCCAAAAUUUGAGAAAAAAAAAAUUGAAGUGUUUUAGUAGGAGAGAAAUGACAUAGACUAAAAUAUUUAUGAUAGGUCUGUAGAAAGGUAUUUUGCUAUGUAUACAUGCACACUCUAAAAAUGAAUUACAGCAGAAGUUAAUUUUUAUUUAACUUGAAUACAAUUUUCAGUAUAAAAUUAUUAUUUCUACAAAUAUCUAGUUAGUAAUGAAAAGGUUAUAGGAAAGUAUUAAAAUACUUGAAAUGGCCAGUAUGGGCUUUUACAUGAAAUGAGACUUUUAUACUAUGUUCAACCAAUUUCUUACUGGUUUCUUAAUCCACAUAACUGGAUCACUUUUUAGAGAGUGUAGGUAUAUAUACAUAUAUAUUAUGAUUAUUAUUGUUUUGGUAAUGGAUAGCUUGACUGCCUUGAAUUUAUAUUUAUAUUGAGCAUAGCAUGAAAAAUAGUAUGCCUUUUUUUCAAUUACAUGGUUUUAUAUUGAUUUGAGGACUUACGAACAUAUGUGGCAUGCUAGAAAGCAUUGCAAAUUUAUUUCUUAGAGCAUAAACAGAUAUACAUAUGUAUGGUUAACAAAAAUGAAGAUUAGAAGACGACAUAGUUUUACAACAAAUAUGCAAUGCAGAUGGCAUUUUGGAGAUGUUUUGUAGAAGUACUGCAUCCUGUAGGUUAGAAGCGCACCAGUAUCAGCCCAUAGCAUUAUUUAGUAAAUCCAAGUCAGUUGUUGCUGAAAAUAUAUAGAUUUAUUGACAAUUUAGUUGCACAGGAUUUUUGCUGCAGAUCAGCUCAUUUGGUGAAUUUGAAAUUCUAUGCUGUUUGUAAUAUCUAUUAAGAUGUGUGUGUUUGUAUACUUAUAAAAGCACACAAACACACACAUGCACAGACAUGCACAUUUUAAUCCAUUGAGAGAAUGUUAUUGUCAACAAACUACUAAAACUUAUGUUCUGCUAUAGACAGAAUAAAAUUAUUGAUAUUGCUGUUCCAAUUUUUUUCCCUUGGAUAGUUGGAGGAAAAUACUAAAAGAACUACUUAUUCUGUAUUUGCUUUUCCUAUAAAAUAGGAAAUAGAAGAAUUUAUUUUAUAUUUUUUUAAAGUCAAAACAGCAUCUCAUCAGAUUUUUUUAUUCACUUAAAAAUUUCAUUUCAAUUUUGAAAUCUCUUUCAUGGCAGCUUUAAUUUUUUUUCUGCAACCAUUUCCCUGACAGUAAUGAAGUGCUGAGCAUGUUGACUGUUGUUCUUUGAUAAGGUAACAAAAAUAUUUGUGUUUGGAGAAUUUAACUGUAAUUACACAGGAAGGUAAGUGUGAUAAUUCUAGUGCUUGGUAUAUGGUACAUCGUGGUUACACGAAUACAUGAUAAGUUGAUCGUUGAAUCUAUUUUCUUUUACUUAAAAGUGCAUAUAUGCUAUAUACAGAGAGAGGGAGAAAAAAAAUUAUAUUGGCAUGUUUAUGUCAUGCAAAGCAAGAUUGUGUCAACGUUUCUGUUUCACACUCAUGUUUUCAGUAGGUUGUAAUGCAGUCAUAAAGGUUUGCUUUAAGUAAAAGAUGUAGGAGCAUUUGUAUUCACUGUAAUUUCCAAAUACAUACUGUCUACUUUCAAAUUAUAGAAUUUCAGAGUAAAUUAGUGAUGUUGCCUGAUCUAAUUUUGAACUUAAAUUAGUAAAAGUUCUGAGACAAUUUCAUUUAUUUUAAUAGUUGCUUCUCUACAAGGGCCUAUGACUAUCAGAAUUAAGAAAAAGCAAAUUGAAAAUAUUUUCAGUUCUGCAAUCUCGGUUCCUGCACAUGUGCCGUAAUUUUUUAAUAAACAUUUCCAUAUUGCUAUUGUCAUGAUCUGUACUUUGGAACAAUACAAAACUAAAUAUGUGUUGUGUUAAUCAGCUACAGUCUAUCAAGCUGACUACACAAGGUCAUGUAUCUUCAGAGUACUAUGGUCUGUAUGAUGCAGAAGGCCAGAGUAGAUUAUGGCAGUGUUUCUUUUGGCCUUUCACUAUCUAAACCUACGAAAAGGUUAUUGACUGUAGACAAAAUUAAUUUUUAUCAAAAAAAAAAAAUUAAAAAUAUGUAACUGUAUAUUUACUGGAUAGGCUGGGGUGGAGAGACUCAAAUGGCUCCAAAGGAGCCCUUUCAAGUCUCCUGAAUAAAUGUAAUACAUAUUUUAUAUAUUCCUAUGAACUUUUGUUCUUUUUCUUCUUUCAAACUGGGAAAAGGGAGGGGAUAAGUAAAGAAAAAGAUUUUUUAAGGCUAAUUUUGUGAAUUAAAAUAACAUAAGCUAAUACCUCCAAACAUAAGGGGCAGACUUACACUUUUUCUUAAAAGCAUACUUCACAUCCCCAGUUGCUUCAUCAGGUGUCCUGUGCCAUUAGCACUGUGGGUUAAGAACAGAGUAUAAGGCUUAAUUUUUGAAUUUUCAACUUUUUUGGGGGGUCUUACUUUACAAUCUAAAUGUCAGUUAAACGUAGCUUUUGGUACCAAAUUAUAUAGAAUCUAAUUCUCGGCCGUUGGUUAGAAAAAACUGCAUAGCCUAGGAAGUUGGUCUGCCCAUAAGCAAUGGAAGCAUUGAAUUCCUAUUUUUUUUUUAUUUUCUUUUUUUAAAUUCUAUUUUCUUUUCGUUUGGACCAUUGUUACGAUAAAUCUUAAAACACACACAUAGUAAACUGAACAGUGAAUGUUCCAGGCACUGGAUUUUUAAGGAAGUAGAAAUGCAAGCUACCACACCAUUAGCAGCCUACUUUGGAAAGAGCAUGAGAUGACUGGGCGGAGGAGCAAGGAUAUGACUGCAGGGGCUUGCUCUGUCCUGGCUCCCAUAUCUCCUUAAAACAUGGCCUGAGUUUUAUCAGCUAUUGCAAGGUGAAGGAAGCCAUGCGCCAUGGCAGUGGGAGAUGUGAAGCUGCCAUUACAGAACAAUAGCUCCUGGUUUGCCUUUUGUUGUUGUCAAGACCAUCUCUGGACACCCCUGUUUCCAGGAAUACAAGUAGGUGGUUGCAGUCUAUGAGCUAUAAGGGAAAUCAUUACUAUCAGCCAAGGAAAUAAAUGUCACUGGCCACUUAGGUGUCCAGUUAUGCUGUAAAUCAAAUAAUGUAGUCUGGAAGCUGAGGAACAGAUAACCUGUUAUUCAAUACAAUGGUAUAGUUGUGAUACCCCAGCACUGUAAUGUUAGGCAUACUUCCUUAGUUCCUACUACAUAGACUGCAGACAAACAGAGUGGUUCUCAUGAGAUAAGACCAUUUAAACAUAUGUCAGUUACAAAAUCAGGUGUAAAUGAACCAUGUGCUCAUAAAAUUAAUCUGAUAUAUGCAUGUAAUUCAAUGAAUUGUCUACCACUAGUCUCAUGAAAAGUAUGUAAUGUGUGAGUCAAAUCUGUCUAACCCAUUCUUGUGACUUGCCAUCUGAGAUGUCAGAGGCUGAUGGAGAAAGACAUUGUCAUCAGUGCCAUCAAUGCUUAAAAUAUCUGGUAAACAUCAAAAGCUUGCCAUCACUUGUUGCAAACUGGCUCCAUUUGAGGCUUGAUGUAAGGAAGCCUCUAAUGUAAGGCAGCAUAGAUUUUGUAUGAUGUGGAAUUAUUUGAUAUAUGUAUGUAUGGAAGUAGGAAUGCCCAAUAAUAAUCAGAAGAUCAUAUUUUGAGGGAUCGUCAGUGUGUGAGCACAGCAAGCAUCUGUUCCUAAAAUCAAAAUGUAUUUCAAGGAAGGAUGUAGACAGCAUUAAACACAUGCAUUAUAAACCGAUCUUCUUUCCCGGUUUACAUAAGAUUUAGAAUAUCAUCUACAAAUUAUGGUCAGUUAAUUAACAUUUGGAAUUGCAGCUGCCCAUUUUUUCUUUGAAAGAGGAUAUUCUGUGAGUGUGUCCAUAAAGUAUGUUUACUUUCUGGUGAUGUCCUUAAGUAUUACUCUGGUCUACUAACAGUAUAGAUGAAAUAAAUUUUAUAUAUAAAUUAAGAAAGGCUGAUGUAAACUAGCGUGCUAGACAGUUUUCUGUACUUAGAUGUGUAUGCAGCAUAGUGCUACUUGCUGUCACAGUAAAACUUCAUAAAUAAUGAUCAUUACACAUGCCAGACACUUAUGAUGGCAUGAAGCUUUCCAGUCACACAGCUUAGUUUUUUUCCACUUCUGUAGAACACCAUUGUCCAUAGAUUAUUAUUGCUAUUAUAGCUACCACAUAAAACAAGGAUUUCUGAUUAGUUAAUAAUUUCCACCAUAUGAAAUUGAAAUGUCCGUUUUAUAACUAUAACCUUAAUCUUCUUGGAGUGUCAUAUCUUAAUUCAUAGCCUAUCCUGAUAUUUUUUUUUAUUAUUUUAUUUCUCUCUUGCAGUAAAACAUACUGAAUAUUGUCUCCAUCCUGUGGAAUAAUCCUGUUCAUUCUGUGCAAUGCAUGUGUCUUGGAUAAUCCAUUUACCAAUCCAUCAUUACAGGAACUGGCUUUCUGGGUACUGGGAUUAGUAACACAAUGCUGACAUACAGUAACUAAAGUACAUGGUUAGUCCUCAACAAUAUGACAGAGUUUGAGGAGUUUUUAGUGAAGUAUUUUGUUACUUACAUACAGGCAACAGAGCAGUGUAACUCUGCCAAUCAGUGGAUGUCCAUAUGGGUUCACCACUUGCAGGGUUGUGUAUGGAGUCAUAAAAUACUGUUUCUAAUUCAUAUUUCCAUCCUGAUGUGUUGGUAUUCAACACCCCCUUUACAUGCACAUUCAUAGCUUGCAAGGCUGUGCAUAAAUUCAUCUGCCUUGUUGAACCCAAGAGUACCACAUGUCAGCACGUAAUCUCUAUUUAUAAGGUAUAAUAAAUUUGGUUCCCUUGCUAUCAUUUUGCAACCUUAAAGAAGACAAAAUAGGUUUUUCCAUGGUAUCACUUUUUCCAUCCCUUUCCAUAAUGAUGGUUUCUAGUACUCUUUGUCAGUGUUUAAAAUUAGGUUAAAAUAUUAAAUAGAUCUCAGAAAGUACUGAUUUACAACUGAUAAAUUGCAGGCAAAUGCACAGCCUCAUACUUGGGCAUACAGUGAUUGUAAACAGAGAAAAAUAUACUUUAUUUGCUAUGCUUGGCCAUUGCCACAAAAUUGCCAGUGCUCACAUACUGAUCACCUUCAUAUCUUUUGGGGACACUGUGUUGAAGUCAGUUCUGGGCAGUUUGUCUGCUUGGAUAUAAGUAGAAUUAUGUAACUUAGGAAAUGAUACAUGUGAAGACAUGCCUUCAGAAGAUAUCAUCAGCAACCUACAGCUCUGUUUUAAAUGACAAUGACAACUAAAAUUCAUACCUGCAAGGCAUAGCUGCAGCUUAUAUGUACAUGGUUGUGUUUUACCUCAUAUGAUAAAGUACUAUGAAUUCUGGCCAUGCAUCACCAGGCAGAUGAAAACAAUCAAAAAGACCUUUCAGAAUAGCUGUUGUCAAUACUCACAGCUUACAGAAAUAACUGAUAUCAUUAUACUCAAUGUAAUUUUUACCUUGAAUAGGUAUCCAGAAUUGAAGGAAUGUGUGAUGAUGCAAAUACUAUUCCCAACUCUUACUCUAUGUAAUGAAAUAGGUAAAGCAUUAGGAAAAGGAAUGAAAACAUUUUGACUUAUAAGUGUAAGUAUAACACCAAUUUGUCGAAAAGAGAUGGAGACAAGGAUGACUAACACUACUAAAAUUUCACAUAAUCAACAAUAAAAGAGAAGAGACAUUACCAAGAACUUGGUGAUAGCUUGGAAAGUAUUAUUGGCCUCCAACAACAAAGAUAUCUGUUAGGCUGUAGAAAGUCCACUGAAUUCUGUAUUUGGAGUCAUAACCCACCAAAUAGCAGUCAGUCAAAAAGCUUCUCAAUUUAGUUACUCUAAACAUGACUGCAAAUAUAUGUAGUAAUAUAUGCUAAUUAUUUAUCUGGUGCAGUCAAAAUCUUUUGAGAUAGAUUUAGUCAAACUAAUAUUAACCUGAAUCUCUGUUCAAAAACUGGUCACAGUGAAAUGUCCUUCUGUUUGUUCUCAGAAAUUAGAUCCAAGAUGAAGAAUCCAACUGAUUAAAAUACUAUAUGACAAGGAAGUCUUUAACCUCUAUUAGUCUCUAUUACAACCACGUAUCUUUAUUUCCAUGAUAGUCCAGAGGUGUUUGAUAUGACAGAAAUACUUUGAUGGCCAUUGUAUCAUCUAUUUCUGUUUCUAUAUGUAAAUUGAUAAAUACAGUCAAACUUCUGAUUCCCCUGCAUCCCCUUUUCUCACUGCACCUUGGCAUGUUUCCUGACUAUUUAAGGGAAUAUUUAAUUUUAUAUUCUCCUGGAAGGCAAGUAGGAAAUUAUCUGUUCAUUAUAAAAAUAAGUAAAACCAAUUUUGUUGUCUAUCUCAUUUAAUCAUGUACAACUUUUUACAGUUUGUCACUAGGAAAUGCAGCUUGUUGUGUCUACAAUGAAGAGGUAGUACCUUCUUAAAUCUCCUGCAAAUAUUUGAGGAACUUGAUGUCUGUCUUUCACUGAAUUUUGUUCAUUGUCCAGUACUCAACACUGAACUCUAACUUACAGUAGACUAUUGAAGCCUUUGCCAUCCACUGACAUUACCAUCCUUAAUUCUUUAAUGAAAAAGGCAUGGUACAGCCAGGGCUGAUCGUCAUGGAUUCUUUAUUUGCAUCUUGGAACUACUUGAAUUGUCAGAUGUACAAUAGUAUAACACCAUUUUUGGUGCCAGCCAUUACAUACUAUUUGUAUGUAUCGCUUAUGACAGUCUGUGCUAUUUUCAGUGGUUCCAGUUCUCAUCUUUAACCUGUUCUCUUUCUUCUUUGCAUUCUGAUGCUUAUAAUCUUUGUCAUGGAUAUUCAGACAAGAAUUUUAUGGCUGGGCUCCUUCCUCUACCACAAGUCAGUUCAUACACAUGCAUCAAUUACCAUUACCUUACUGCUGUAGCAUAAUAGGCUAGCACUGUUACAUAGCAGAAUGCUUUGCUAUUAUGCACUGUUUUCCAAUUGAUCCUAAUUUUUUGGUAUCACUUAUAAAAAACUCACUCUGUCAUCUGCUACUGUAGUCUUGGAUUCAUUGCCCACUUCAGAUGCAGCUUGAAGAGAAAGGUGCAGGUGUUUGACUUCUGAGGUUUGCUUUAUGUUGUAGGUGUUGCUAUAUGAUCAGAAACUGUUUAAGGGAUGCAAUGUCUUCUCCUUGCCAGUCCUGUGGUAGUAUUGUUAGCAGUUAGAGCAUGUGCAGCUAGUUUUGUCAGUCUGUAGUCAACUAGAGUUUGAUAUGGAUAUAUACAAGAAGGGUACAUUGUUUUCCAAGCUUCAUACACAUCCUUGUUUCUCUUUAUGAAGAAACCUUGUGCACCUUGUGUUCUCUCCAAGUGCUGUAUUCUUGUAUCUAUCAGAACUUGAUUUCUUCCUUACUUCUUUUUGUUGAGUGCUAUUUUAGCAGCUGAUUCCAUUUUCCUUCUUGUUGGCAUUCCUUCAUCCCUGUAUUUCCAACAGAAAUUGUUCUGGCUCCAAUGUGUUAGAUAGAAGCUACUACAGUUGUGGUUGUUCCCACCCAGUGAUUUGCUUAUUUAUCCUCCAUGUCUGAGAAAGAGCAAAUCAACCUUUCAUGCAGAGACAAGGGUGUUUUUGCAGUUGAUAGGAUAUCACUGAAAGUGGUUUUAUUCAUAACAUGACCCUAAAACUCACAUAUUGUUAAACAUCAAAUCUUCAAGCUCUUUAUCUUCAACCACCCAACAGUUGUUCAUUUAAUUUUCGGAGUCUGACAAAUAAGUCAGAAUAUGGAUGUGAUGAUUUCUCUUGUGUGAAAAAUUUCUCAUUUUUAUUCCCUUUUCUCUGCAUAGCUCCAUAUUCAUUUCAUGCCCAUGUUCCGCUUAUUAGUAUGUGUGUUAGUAUCAAAAUAACUGGAGCAUUUAUUUGCUUUCUGCAACUGAAUUUCAUUUUAUUAUUGUUAUUUUAUUUUAUUUUAUUGGCUCACACAGCAUUCUAUACGGUAACCUUUUUAUAACUGACAUAUGUUAUUCCUUCAGGUAGCUUCUACUGACAAACACAAAGCUUGUUUGUGUGCAAAUGCAAGGCUGACUAAAUGGUGCUAAAGUGUAUUAUGACUGUCAGAUAUAAUCAGGCAAAAUUUUGUGGUGCUUAGACUGAUUUUUUCAUUGAUUUUAUUGAUCAAUGCAUUGAACAGUGUUUUAUUAUACACAGGUAGUCUUUUGUUAGUAAACCAAGACCUCAUAGUGCAUUGUUAAACUAAAUGGGUUAAUUAAUCUAUGUAACAGCUCACCAAGCUAAUACUGUUGUGUCAUUAAAGGUCAAGGGGUCAUGAUAAUAAUCUCAUUGCUGUAGACCAUUAACAUGACUGAACAUUUUCAACAAAGUACUUAUGUUUACAAUGCUAUAACCCUUUGACUGCUGCGGCAACCUUUAACCACCGAACGUCACACGCUAGAAUCAUCAUUAUGGUUCUUGCCAUGGCAAUCAAAGAGUUAAGGGCUGUGCAGUGAUUUGUUUUAUAUUUAUUAAUUUAUAUUUAUUUUUUGUUUUCAUUUGAGAAGGGGGGAAUUGGGGUGGGGCAGUUCUUGUCUGCUGUAAGUGUCUUAACCAAGGGAAGGGUUAAAAUGGCUUUUUAUACUAUUGCAUCUUAUGUACUUACCAUUGUUUCAUUGUGUUGUAAUUAAAAAAAAAUCUGUCAAUAAAUAAGACAAGAGAAAAAAAUUUUCAUAAA